UCGAACACAUACUUUCUGAUAUCCGAUCAACUUGAUUUUUUACAGAUAUGAUAUACUGAAUAAAUCAUAAAAUAUGAACGGUUCGAAUUAUCAAAAUUGGGUCUUAAAGUAGACCCGAAGGCCUACAAGGACAGGCGCAAGGAUGGAGGCUGCAAGGAGAGGAUCCUGAUUCGGAUGAGCUGGCCGGAGAAGAUGCAGGUCCAGCUGCCCCACAGCUCGUUCGCCUGCUGUACUUCGUCGGCGCCGGAUGUUAUAUAUUUAUGUAUGAUUCGACAGUUGUGUGAUCAUCGACAACAUUUGGGCCAUUUUGUUUCAGUCAUAAGCACUUUGGCUAUCAACAAGUGGAGAGAUCUUCAACGAAAGUCAAUUCAACAACAGCAAGAUCGAUUAUCGGAUAUGGUACACAAAGCUAUCGAAUAACAAAUUAUAACUUUGGGGUUUUAGGGCUUCAUUCUAGAGCAUUUUCUCACUUCAUAUCAUAGUUUGCUGCUGGCGCAUUCUUGAUCGAAUGGGAGCUUUAUUUGUACCAUACCAAAUGGUUGAAAUUUUUUCAUUCCCUGUUGUUUGUUAUUUGGACUUCAGAGUGCGGCUUCUUGUAUGAGUGGGGUUUGUCCCCUUAAUUUAGUUCAGUCAAUUGUGUCCAAAUCAAUGCUUAGUAGUUAGUACAUACAGAAUUUGAGACUGUUCUAGAUCUUCACCUUAAGAUGUUUUGAUAUUUGUUGAAAUUAAGUCCAUCUUAUAUUUUACAGAGGAUUUUGAUUACCCUUUUUUUAAUUCUCUUUUACCAAUUGGAAAAAUUAAAAAAUAAAUAAAAUAAAAAUGAUACGCAUAAUUUUUUUGGGGAUAAGUCAUUCUUUGUUGUAGGAGAUUUUCUUGAAAAUACUGCUGGACUCUGGGGUUCAUCACAGACUAACCUGGAUAUAUGAUUUUGUAACUGUACAAUGUAUGAAUCAAACAAAGGUAGUGUGCGUUGAAGUCAGCGAUUAAUAGGUUUGAUGUUGCAACUAGAUUAUUAGUUGAUAGAGAGAGAGCUGACAAAAAGUUGCAACUCAUUUUUUAUUACUGUUUUAGUAUUAUUGGGAAAAGGCCCUGCUUGUCUCAGUUCCUUAUUAUGAGAUUGGACAAGUCAAAUUCCGAAAUCAACAAGGAACACGAUGAAGCUUGAUACCGGUCCGGUGCUGGAUAAGUACUCUACUCUUAACUUGAGAUUUUUGACAACUAUAAUAAAUAAAUAAACUCAUAAUUUUCGAAAGAAAAAUUUUAUGUAAAUAAACAAAUUAUAUAAAAUUUUCUUAUUAACUAUGUGGCAUGCAAUGAAUUCAAAACACAGUCAACUUUCAUAAUCACUGUUACAUUAUUUUAAAUAAUAUUUUAUCAAAAUUUUUUAACAAUUUUAUUUUAUUUAUUAUUCUUUUUUUAGAGCUAAACAGCCACAUAAUAUUAGUAUUGCUACUUGCAAAUAGUUACAGGAUUUGCCAAUUCAUGCGCCGAGUGGACUAUAUUUCUGCCUACUUUAUUGAUACAAAUAUAGUUUAAGUGCUUCGCAUAGUUUAUAAUAUCAUGCAAAAUAGUACCAAUCUGCCAAUAUAAUAGUUUAUGCUAAGUCAACAUAUAAAAUAACAUUUAUUAUAUAAAUAUGUAAAUAAACAAAAAAAUAUAUAGCAUAACAUAACAUAAAUAUUGAUGAUACUGCUGAUCGCUGGAGGGCGAGUCGGGUAGGCCCGCGGUCCCUGCACCGUUCACCAGUCACUGAGCUCACUGGAAUACUUGCAAAAAUUUUCAACGGGGAACGGGAGUCCCCCAGCGGACCUUUCGACGAUCGAGUUAGAAGAGAGAGGGAUUGAUGGUGUGUAAAGAGAGAGAGAUUGAGAAUAGAGAAUUUAACCUUUUGUGUGUCUUGGAAGCCUCCUUAUAUCCUUUGUUCAUCAUUUUCUUAUCCACUCUGAUCUGUCAUGUUGGCUGAAAGUCUAUGCUCUAUCUUGCCUUGUUCAUGGUGAGGCUGCCCGUUCUGACGUGAAGGGGUUAUCGCAUUUAAUGCUGCAGGAGUCUCAUUAAUGGCUGAUGUGUGGUGCAAUAACUCUGCAAGAUCUUUGUCUGCUUACGUACUAGUUCUCCUCUUGAUAAGUGUUUAGAUGCCAUUGGUUUCUGGUGCAGCGUUGGGUUUUCAAUGGUGUUGGGCUAUAGUGCUUAAACCGUGAAUUGAGCUCUAAGUGGUAGGCCAAAAGCUUCUGUAGGCCAACCGAUGUCAGUAGUCCCCCAUUCCUAAGUGCAACUUCAGUCCAAUGAAGGGAAUAAGAAGGAAGACGGGGAGUGUGUGGGGCCGAGUGAGAGGAGGGCCGACCGCAAAGAAAAGGGGAAACCGAGCGAGAAGCCCGACGAAGAGGCGGGCAGACCGCAAAAAGGAGGAACAAAAUGAGAAAACCGACCGAGAUGAGAGCCGACCGAGAAAGGGGGACCGAUGGAGAAGACCGACCGGAAGGAAGGCCGACUACGAAAGAGGAGACUGAGCGAGAAGACCGACCGAGAUGAGGGCCGACCGCAGAAAGAGGGGCCGAGCGAGAAGUGGUGGUGGCGCGCGGGGCUCGAGAAGUGACGAGGCACAUGAUAAUGUGAAGUGGAAUAGACAGAGAAGGGUUAAGGGUAGUGAAUCGUGGUUGUACACGAGGCAUGAUCCAGUGAUGAGGGAGGUGAUGCGUUAGCAGGAAGCGAAGGGUUAGGACUAAGAUAGGACGUGGAAAAGGCAUGGAUGGAAACUUUCAAAAUUUUUAAAUUGGCGAAAUUUAAUCUCGAUCCUUGGAAUAUAAGCAAACCGUGGGCAUUUGGAGUUAUUUGUUUUACAUACCUCUUUGCGAAAAACCAACACAUCUUUGAGUUGAGCUCAUUUGUUUCGUGUGACACGCCUCUCCAACACUUUGCGAACUUCCUUGCGCCAGCAUCCGAAGCAAUACACAGAAACAUAGAAGAGAUGGCUCGAGACGAAGUGCCAACCAUGAGGCUAGAGGCAUUGGGUGAAGACGAUGCAGUGGAGUUGGCGAAGCAAUAUAGGACAGAAAGGCAGGAAGAAAGAGGGGCGGAGCAAGCGGCACGACCUCGUCCGUCUACCAUGAUCGUGGCCAGAAAGCCGAUUAACCAAGUGAAACCUGAUAACUGGCACACCAAGGCUAACAAGUCGACAUUUACGGCAGAGGAGUUGGAGAAGGUACGUAGGAAGUACCAGAUUCCAGCGGAGAUAGAGUUGAAGUUGCCUACGUCUAAGGAGAGGGCGUCAAAUGCACGUCCGAUGGAAUUUACACUAUAUGAGGAGGCAUUGCGGGGGGGUCUGAGGCUGUCGCUCCUGCAAAUAGUGGUGGAUGUAUUGAAGCAAUUGGAGGUGGCGCCAGGGCAGCUGAUGCCCAACACAUGGAAAAUACUACUAGCCUGCGUGAUCUCAUGGUCACAGGCGGCCGGGGGGGCAGCGAUGACAGUAGAGGAAAUCUUUUCUUGCUACAAGGCCUCCAGUCAACAAGAAACAUGGGUGACCUUGCAGGUGGUGGCGGGCAGAGGAUUAGUGGCGGGUUUACCAUCAUCGGUGAAGGGGUGGAGACCGAGGUGGUUCUUUGUAUCAGCAAAUGGUGAGAGGGGGGUGCAUACAACAUGGAAAGUUCCCACGAAGUCGGUGGAGCCAAGGUUGGAAGCAGAGGCCGAAAAUAGGGUGAAAUAGGUGAAAGAGUGGAGAGAGAAGGAGGGUGUAAAGUGGGAUGACCUGAUCCGACCUUCGUCAUUGUUCGCCUUGAGUCUGGGGCUAUAGCCGACCGAGAAGGAUCCUACACUAGAAGAGUUGGAGACGAGGAGAAAGGUGCAAGAGGCAGAAGAGCAGAAAACAUUUGCCAAGGUCGACAAAUAUAAAGAAUCACGGUUAGGCCCUGCGCCAAAGUUGGUCAUGAAGAAGUGAGUUUGACCACGCCCCAAGCCUCUGGGAGAUAAAGAUUUGA